CAAAUACAACAGUGUCUGCUUUACAUAUACCCUGUAAUUGGGUUUAGCCGUAAUAAUAAAAGACUUAGCUAAACUAAGCCCAAGGCCCAUCACAGUUCACGUUUUGGAUCCAACAAGCUUCCGGAAUACGCAAAAAUAUCAAAAAUGCCCUUACAUUAUUAGUAAAUUUACGAAAUGCCCAAAAUUAAAUCUAAAUUCAAAAUCUCCGAAAACACCUCCUUCUCUCGUCGUCACCAUCUCCGCCGUCGAUCCGCUGCCGUCAUGCCGUCGUCAAUAUCGGAAUUCUCCAAAUCGUGGCCGCGGAAAGGAUCCCUGCGAACCACAGUGGUGACUGAUUCAUGUUUUAUGGAUGAGAAACAAUACGAAACUCCACCGGAUUGCUGUUUACAACGUAUAACGAGGUUCAUUUUACACGAUGAAGAUGUGUAUUAUGAGAUAAGAAGUGGCCGAAUCUCAAGAUAAUAAUGGUUCUUGGCUUCUUAGAAACUUACAAACGAUGGUGGAGCCUAAACCUGACUGGGACAUCAUUUAUAGACUUUGUGUUCCCAGUUGUCUUAGUCUACAGCUCCUUCCAGGAAUUUUCCUGAUUGAUUGGUUUUUCUGAAAUACAUUUUCAGAUCUGCUCGUCUGAUGACUCUCUCUCGCAAUUGUAAACACCAUGUCUUUCCUAGCUUCCACGGGCCAGAUGUCCGUAGAGGCUUUCUCAGCUACUUACUGAAGGAGUUAAGAGAGAAAGCAAUCGACGUCUUCAUAGACAAUGAUAUAGAGAGGAGCAAGUUGAUUGGUCCCGAGCUCACAGAAGCUAUAAGAGGAUCGUUAAUUGCAGUUGUCUUGAUCUCGCGGAACUACGCUUCAUCAACAUGGUGUCUGAACGAGUUGGUGCAGAUCAUGAAGUGUUGGGAAGAAGAUAAGCAGACGGUGGAGGUGAUUUUCUAUGAAGUGGAUCCAUCUGACGUGAAAAAGCAGAAGGGCGACUUCGGAGCUGUCUUUGAUAGAACUUGUGCAGAGAAAUCAACGGAGGAAGUUGAGAGAUGGAGAAAAGCUUUGCAUAUUGUGGCUCAAAUCGCUGGUUACCAUACAAGCAACUAUGAUGAUGAUGCAGUCAUGAUUGCAAAAAUUGUUACCGAUGUUUCGAACAAGUUCAUUGAUUCUACAACAUCAAAUGAUUCCGACAGCUUAGUUGGGAUUGAAACUCAUAUACGGGAGAUACAGACAUUGUUGUCCUUAGAAUCCGAUGAAGUCCGGAUGGUUGGUAUCUGGGGUCCUGCUGGAAUUGGUAAGACGACCAUCGCCAGAGCUUUAUACGGAGAGCUCUCUAGUAAGUUUACACAUGCUGCUUUUAUUGAGAGUAUCCAAGGGAAGUUUGAGCAAAAUUAUCGUGACGAGCACGCCUUCAUGUUGCAUUUACAAGAAAAACUUUUGUCUGAGACCUUAAAUCAGAAAGAUUUUAAAAUAGGUCAUUUGGGUGUGGCAAAAGCAAGACUGAAGGACAAGAAAGUGCUUGUCGUUCUUGAUGAUGUGGAUGACUUAAAGCAGCUAGAAGCCAUGACUGACAAAACUUGCUGGUUUGGGCCUCAAAGUAGGAUUAUCAUCACAACAAAGGAUAAAAAGCUUUUUGUAGCACAUGAGAUCAACCAUAUUUACCAAGUGGAUUUUCCAUCUACAUCUGAAGCUCUUGAAAUUCUCUGUCUGUCUGCUUUUCGUCAACAUUCACCUUCAUCAGGGUUUGAGGACAUGGCCAUAGAAGUUACACGGCUCGCCGGUCGUCUUCCUUUGGGUCUGUGUGUUUUUGGCGCUUAUCUGCGAGGAAUGUCCAGGGAUCGGUGGAUACAUGCAUUACCUAGACUUAGGACGAGUCUUGAUGGGAAGAUUGAGAAAGUGUUAAGGUUCAGCUAUGAUGCUUUAUGCAAGGAAGAUCAAGAAUUGUUUCUUCAUAUAGCAUGUUUUCUCAAAGGUGAAUGGAUUACUGACGUGGUGGAGUGUCUUGCGGAGAGUCGUUUGAACGUCAACCACGGGCUCCAAGUGUUGUUGGAUAAAUGUUUCAUAUCUAUACGCAAAUGGGGACGGUUGGCGGUGCAUAAUUUGCUUGAGCAAUUGGCUAAAGAUAUUGUCCGUAAACAGUCUGAUAAUCCUGGGAAACGUCAGUUCUUGGUGGAUGCUCAGGACAUUUGUGAUGUGCUCGAGGAAAAUGCUGGCACUGAAACCAUUAGAGGAAUAGAUUUUGACUUAUCGGAGGUCAGGGGAGACUUAGUUAUUGACGAGCGAGCCUUUGAAGGGAUGUCUAGGCUCCAGUUCUUAAGAUUUCAGAAACGGGGUUUGUAUAACAACACCAAACUUCUCCUACCCCAGGAUCUGAAGUUUAGAGCUAGUAAACUUAGAUUUCUUGAAUGGGAUCAGUUUCCGCUGGCAUGUUUUCCUCGUGAGUUUCAACCGCGGCGUCUUGUCAAACUUAUGAUGGAGCACAGCAAGCUUGAAAAGCUGUGGGAAGGACCUAUUCCUCUCCCUUGUCUGAAGUUGAUAGAGCUGUCUAGUUCCGACUACCUCAAAGAACUUCCGGAUCUGUCCAAUGCCACUAGUCUCAAGGUACUGAGGGCUGGUUUUUGCUCAAGUCUGUCGGAGAUCUCCUCUAUUGGGAAGUCCACUAGUCUCGAGGAGUUACAUCUCGCUGGUUGCUUUGAGUUGAUUGUGAUCCCCUCGUCCAUUGGGAAUGCUAUUAAUCUCAAGACGUUGAAUGUCCAGGUGUGCCAGGGUCUGGUUGAACUCCCCUCCUCUAUUUGGAGCCUUAAGAAGUUAAAGAAACUGUUAAUUGCAGGAUGCCCAAACCUUAACCAUUUGGGGUCACAGUUGAGAAGCUUUCCUGAUAUUUCCGGAAACAUUACAGAAUUAGAUAUGAGUAAUACAGCGAUAGAAGAGUUUCCUUCGUCAAUCAUGGCUUUUUCGUGUCUUCGUAAACUCACAACAAUGACUGCUGAAAGUCUCAGGGUGUUUCCAGAUGUUCCUGACACCAUCGAAGUGUUAAAAUUGCACAAUGCGGGAAUAGAAGAAAUUCCUCCGACGAUUAAGAAUCUCUCACGUCUCACUACACUAAGCAUGCCUCGCUGCAAGAAGCUAAAGGUCCUUCCAACCAACGUCAACCUGCAAUCGCUCUCUUCACUUGAUCUCAGUUCCUGCACACAAUUGAGAACUUUUCCAGAGAUAUCUGUAGGCAUUAGAUCUCUUAAUCUGAGCAAUACUGGUAUAGAAGAAGUCCCUUCAUCCAUAUGGUCUUGGUCCAGUCUUCUUAAAUUGAACUUGGAAGAUUGCCACAGCCUUCGGGUGUUCCAUUGCGUUCCUGACAACAUCGAAGAGUUGGACUUGAGAAAUACGGGAACAGAUUUCUCAGGUGGGGAUUUACGUAUAAACCUCAAAGGGUGCAAGAAUCUUGUGUCACUGCCCCACAUUCCGUAUCGCGUCUCAUACCUUGAUGCAUCUAACUGUGAGUCGCUGAAGAGAAUAGAUGGCUUAGUUAGCAAUCCAGAGAGAUGUCUCAGUUUUGCUAACUGUUUCAAGCUGAGUGAAGCAGCGAGAGAACUCAUCGAGGAAUCGGAUUACAAGUUUGCGCUCUUACCUGGUGGAGAACUGCCUGCAGAAUUUGAUCACCGAGCAAGAGAGGGUUUACUAACUGUCAAUUUGGAUCAGAGCCCUCUACCUUUAUUCUUACGAUUUAAAGCUUGCCUUUUGCUGCUUCAUGGACACUAUAUAGAGGACGAGGAUGCCAGUGAGGAUGAUAAGGACGAUGAAUGGAUGGGUGCCAAGAGGCUUUUCUGUGACAUCUGGUACGUUCAGAAUGGCCUCUAUGUUGGACAUGGAUCCUGCAAGUACCAGCUACCAGCAGUACUUGGAUUUAAGGAGCAUGUGUAUUUCUUGGAAUCUUCCAUUUCACUAAACCUUCCUGAAACAGAUGAGAAUGUCAGCCAGCUUCAUUUUGAGUUCAAGAUCACUGGUAAAUACUGGGAUGUAAAAGACUUUGGUCUACAGCUCUUCGAAGACCCUGAUGUUCGUGAUGACCAUGUAUGCUGUGGUGAUACUUACAAAGAAACUGCGGACAUCAAUAUUAGAGAAAACUUACAUGCAGGAACAAUGUGAAGAAGAGAAACAAUUUAAGAGCUAAGCUUUCUGGAAAGAAGCAACUUAUUGGGUUCUGACAAUGUUUGUGGGCCUUUUUUUUAAUCAUUCCUAAGCAAUGGGCCUUACUAAAUGAUUAAUGGGUCUAACUAAAUGGGCUUAAAUCCGAAACAUUAAAUUCGCACGAGGGAAAGUCUCUUCUAAGCGACAGUUCAUAGCAAUUUCUUUCAAAAUCUCCUUUUUCCUGUAAACGUCGCCGUCGCCGUCGCCGGAUGGAUCGACCGCCGUCGUUUCCUCACUACCAAAGCCCUAAUCCCAAUUUCUUACUCCAGCGCUCCAUCUCUUCCCGAGCUCUCCGGUACACUCUCCUCUCUAAUGUCAACGCACCUUAGAUUCCCUCUCGCAAAAUCUAUCUCUAGAACACUCUUCUCUUCUCCCCAAGGACGGUAUUGUUCGGUGCUCUUUUGAUCCAGAUCAUCUCAUGCCACCAGAAGCUCUCUUCCUCCAUUCACGCCGUUGCGCAAACUCUCUCGAUCUCACUCACCUCCUUAGAUCAUUUGGUAGCUACCGAAACACGCUCGAGUUACCGAUUGAGCCACAGCUGAAUAACGGCGAUUGUGAUCUCUGUUUCUCCUUAGAUGACGUCACCGAGUUAGGCAACAACUUCUUCUACAACGAUGGUAAAACGCGGCGUUUUACACUUCCUAGUGUUCUUCUAUCUGUGGAAAAUGCAGCGAGUUUGAAUGUUCUUCUGUGUUGGAGAAAUCAUUAGGGCUCUUACCCAACUUCGUAUUCCUUUAGUGUUCUUUGUUCGAUUCUCGGUUAAGAAGCGGUUGAAAUGAGUGAGUUAAGCGCGUGGAUUCUGGUGAAUUCAACGAGAUACGGUGUUGUAAUCGAUACAUACAUGAGUGAUCAUGUUCUCUUGCUGUUUAGGUUGUCUAUGAAAGCGGUUGUUAAGGAAGCUAGUGGGUUUAUGAUGGAGUAUGAUGCUAAUGCCGCUGGUGAGCAGAGCUGCAAAAGCAGAACGUUUGAGUGUCCAGUUUUGUUUCGAGUGUUGUCUUGGUUAGCCUCUCAGCUUGGCGUAUUGUAUGGGGAAGGAAAUGGGAAGUUUUUUGCACUAGACAUGCUGAAACAGUUCGUUGAAGUAUUUGUCUCUCGAAUUAUGUUGUUUCGGUCACCUGAAUCCUCUGGUGUUCUCAAGGAUUUGGAUGAGGAUGUGAAGAUUGGGAAAAUUUUGGACAAUGGUCAGGUGAUAUCUGUGUCUCGUGUGGCAGCAGCAGUUGCAGCGUUGUAUGAAAGAUCCAUGCUUGAAGGAAAAAUGACAACAAUUCGAUAUGCACAACCACUAACAAGAUAUCAACGGUUAGCUGAGCAUGGUGCUAUGACAGCUAAAGCUGAUGAGGAACGCACGGGACGUCCUAACUACCGACCUAUUAUUGAUCAUGAUGGUCUUCCUAGACAACGGUUAUCAAAUCAGGAUAUGAAUAAAUGAAGACAAGAGAAGAGCUAUUAGCUGAAGAGAGAGAUUACAAGCGUCGAAGAAUGUCAUACCGUGGUAAGAAGGUGAAACGAACGCCUCGACAGGUGUUACGAGACAUGAUAGAAGAAUUUACAGAAGAAGUUAAGCUAGCAGGAGGAAUUGGAUGUUUUGAGAAGGGAAUGCCAUUACACUCCUCAUCUUCUAUAAGCCAGGAUCAGAAAGAAAUUGACUUUUUAUGGAAAUACAUGAGCAUUAGGUCACGUGUGAUACAAGAAAGGAAAGUAUGUACCUAUGAAACCAAAGACAUCACUCUUUUGAAACUCCGGUGACGAAGACGAUGACCAGAGCCAUUACUCAUCUCAGAAGAGCCGUCAAGGGCUAACCCUGCACCGCUAAAAACAUAAGAACCUGUUCAGAAAAGAUCUCUGUUUCUUCAUGGCAGGUGUUUGAUAAAAGACUCCUUAUGAUCCUCACAGCUAUUUAUACUCUCAGCUAACCCUUAUUCCUCACACAUACUCGUGAGCCAUUACGCACGUGCAGAUCUUCCACGUCACCCACACCUCUAUGUGUGAUCCCAACAUACCAUGUGCACUUGUUCCCUCCCUAGCCACGUCCUUUAAUACCUCUUGCAUCCCUAAUUGGCACAUCGUAUCAGUGUUCUCCUCUCCAAUUCAGAAGAAACCGUCUGAAACGGCUACACGACGGAGCUCCAGAGUAAUCAGAAACCACCAGAGGCGAGAACACAAAACUCGGAGAUUCCUGUGAACUUCAGUCUCACUGAUAAGCUCGGGAGAUCGCCGCUCUCUGUUCUCAGCGGAAACGCUCUUCCUCUGUUUCCCAUUUCAGACGGCGACCUUGAUCUCGAAUACAUCUCUCUGAGUGCACACGACUGGUUAGUAUUCGUUAGAUUCCGCCUGUGUUUAAAAUAAAAUAUAAUUAUUGCUCUGUGUGUUUAUCAUCUUGUUGCUACAUUGUUUCGUUGAGUUUUUCUCUAUAUCAUUCUUUAUUUCUCAGUUUUGUAAUUGAAUAUCAUUGGAGAACACCAUAUUUGUAUAUUUUUUCAGAGACCUUGAUGAAAAGUUUCAUCAUGUUGCAUCAA